GGGUGAGAUGAUAGGAAAGAUGAGAUGCAGUUGCGCAUUUUCCACCCCUUUUUGAGCUUAAUAGUCUUGAGAAUCAAGCAUUAAUGUUGUUAUGGAUGUUCCUCAUACAUUGAAGAACAGAAUAAGGCAUUCGUCUAAAGAUAAUUUUUGCUCGUGUGCGUUAAAUUCAACCUGAUUCAUUCAAGGUUGGCCGCUGGCUGCGCUUUGUUGCGGUAAAAUCCAAUAUGGCUGAUUGUGUUGUUACAGUGGUUCAGUGUUAAUUUAGGAUCUUUCUUCUGAUUUAAUGUCAUCCAUAAUCAAAUGAGUAAGUAGACAGAGUGGUUAUUUUUCAUUGAAAUUACCUAGAGAAUGCGUUUAAAGUCGAUCUGAUAGCGAGUUUUCCGGUCGUGAUCAAGGUACAGUCAUGCGCAAAACUGUUGACGUUCUGAGGCAACUUCCAGACUAAAGUUUAUUUUGUUGUGGUGUUCCACGUGUGUUUGAAUCUGAAACAGUCAUUCCAUUCUAGUUGCUUCAUCAUGUCAAGCACAUUUGUGGCUGAUACUACAGACGACCACAAAUCGGACAAUACCCUAAUCAUAAUUGUAAACAAUGAUGGUACAGUGUCCGUUGAUCAGGAAACGCUACAAAAUCUCAUAGCAAAUCAGCAGAACACCGCAGUGAGUGUUGUGCGAGUGGGGGCUUCUACACAGGGUGAUGAUAGCAGUCAGGAUUCAAAUGGCACUUGUGACAGUCAGAAUGAUGGAAAUCCACAUGUCAACCUCACAGUCGAGGGUUUUUAUCCUCCAUCUACGGCCCAGGCGAACAGCUCCGAAGGGCCUAGUGAGACUUUGGUUGAUUCAUUCCUGGAAAUGGAUCCUGAACAACUGGAGCGGCUGGAGACAGCAUUGCAAUCAGAGCAGGCCAAGCAGAUCCUUGGUGAGAAUGUUACAGCCAUGCUAGGUAAGGACAUGCUGAGUGUGGAGGAAGAGACAGCUCAGUUGACUGAUUCAAUUCGCAUGGACCACUGUUAUACCAAUCUGUCACCAUCAUCUGCACCAACAACUUCAGCCACACCAAACCAUCAGUACGGGCCUGUUGGUAGUAGUGAUACAGAUGCAAGUGACAACAGCUUUGACCAGGAACAUGUUCGUCAACCCAUUGUUACCUCUUCCACGCCCACACAACAGCCAGCUCGUACCAGAGGCCGAGGACGAGGACCAGGUCGUCCAAGGAAAGAUAUAAGUGCUGUUCGCUCAUCACAGUCAUAUCGAGGAUCGUCAAGAGGGACUGGUCGUGGAAUUAUUAGAACAACAAGGGGUGGCCAAUUGGGAACUGUGGCGCCUGGAAUGGUCAUGGUACAGCAAAUCAAGCCAAUAAAUCCACCUCUGGCACCACCACCCUCAAGUCCCUCUUCUGCAAGUCUUGUUCCACUUAUUAAGCCUUUGGUAAUAACAGACAGACGUCAGCAGAUCACCUCAGCAUUAACUGGUACAACAGGUGGCCAAGUAACGGUACAAAAACAGGUUGUAGCUGUUCCUGUCUCAGGGGAAAGUGCUCACUUAGUGACCUUAACUGGUGCAAAGUUGGGGCAAAUUAUGGCAGGUGGCCAGCAGAGACUGUUAAUAGCAUCUAACAGAACUCUUCAGCAGCAACAGUUACAAAAGCAAAAGAGACCCCAACUACAGAAACAAAAACAACAAAUUCUGACAAGUACUGGACCAGAAACUGGUGUCACUACUACAAAAAACGAAGGGAGUCAGUUGCCAGCACAACAGGAUCAUGUAUCCUCAAGUGUUAUACCUGGUAUGACAGUUGCUCCAGGGCAGGCAAAGGUUCUUGUGGCAAAAAUGCCAACAAUACCACCCCAGUUACUGGGAGCAGAGCCAUCUACUGGACUCUCUGAAGCGCUGCAGGAGGACAAGUUGCCAGAUAAUGAAGCUGAUUUCACACAUUUUCCUGGCCAAGAUGAAGAAAAUGAGGAUUUGGAUGCAUCUGAAGAAGAGAGUGAUGAAGAGCUUGAUGCUGAUGAUGAAGAAUAUGUGGGCCCUGGUGGAGGCUCAGGCCGACGACGUGGUAGGUUUGGAGCCAAAUACAGAGGUGGUAAUCGUCGGAUGCCAAGGGGAGCUCGCACUAGGGGUAGUGGUCGGUCAUGGGAUCGUGGAGGUGCUCGUGGUCUCGGCAAGGUGGGGGCUAAGAGACGGGGAGGUCGUGGCCGUGGAGGACUUGGUCGACCAGAGGACAUUGAACGGGCCCAGCGUUUAGAGGCAGAAAUGGCUGCUGCACUUGCUGCAAUGGACCAGUCACCAGACAGGGAAUCAUUAAUAAAAUCAGUGGGAAGUGAACGAGUUAGGUUAGACAGGAUAGAUGCUUCAAGAAUUGUAGGAAAACAGGAAGGACAAGUGGAAAAUUCAGACCUUGAAAUUGGAACAAUAAAAAAGGUUGUGAAAGUUUAUGGGAAAGGUAAUCUAAAGAAAAAACUCAAUCUGAGCAAAGAUGCAGAAGGAAAGGUGGAUGAAGUAACAGAGACUAAAAAGACCCCUGAGAAGCCUGUAACACCGCCAAGUCCAGAAAAGAAAGUCCCAGUGAAAAGUCCAGUAAGGAAACAUUCCACCGAUGUACUUCAGCCACCAUCUGCAACACCACCUUCAACUCCUACAGGCACAGAAGCUUCCAAAAUUGAUGGUAGGAAAAAUUAUCCUAAACGUGAAAAUCGUAAACCGCCAGCCCACUUAGCAGAAGCUCUUGGACCUGCAUUAUUUUCCACACCAGACAUCAUACGUAGGGUUAGCACUGGAAGUGAGCAAAAGGCUACAGCUUCAACUCCAGAAAUGCCUCCUGCUGAAACAAAGAAAGAUGCAAGGAGUCCAUCAGCCCCAAAUGAUGGUGUGUCACGAGUGAAUUUGCCAGAAUCAACAGAAACACCCUCCGUGCAAGAGGAAGCAGAUAGUGUUAAGGUUUCUGGAUCAACAGAACCAGAAGCAGCUUUUACUGAAGAUAUGGGAACAGAUCUCCAGGUCCCAGAGGAUCAAAGCCUUCUGGAUACUUUGCAUGUUGAAGCCACAAAGACAGAAGAGGAAUUACUAGCUGAUGCCUUAUUAUUACAACAGCACAUUGGUGAUGAUGCCUCAGCUACAGAAACAGAGAGUGUUGAUGUUGCUAAACCAGUGAAUUCAGAUUCCAGUCCUGAAGAGCCAAUGUCAGGUACAGAUGUUGAAGAGUCUUCUUCUGAGGUGACCUCUGCCCCUCCAGUUACCACAGUUGCUACAAAGUUACCUGCAUCAACGUCAGUGGCUGUAACUCGAUCAACACGUAGACGUAGUUCAAAUGUGCAGGAGGUUCAGCCUAAAAAAGAUGUGGCACGAACUGUGUCACAGAAACAGCAGCAGUCUCGUGUAAGGGAGAGAAGGAAAUCUGAUGAGAGCAAGGGAGUGCAAGUGAAAGGAAGAGCAAGGAGCAGAAUAUCAGAAACCAAAGAUGCCGAGGAUGAUGAAGAGGAUGACUCUGAGGCAGAAAGUUCUGAUGAAAGUUGGAACUCUGAAGAUGAUCCUGAUAGGCUUUGGUGCAUCUGCAAGAAACCACAUAAUAAUCGUUUUAUGAUAUGUUGUGACUCUUGUGAGGACUGGUUCCAUGGCAAGUGUGUUGGUGUCACCAAAAGCAUGGGUAAACAGAUGGAGGAAAAUGGUUUGGAAUGGUGCUGUCCAAACUGUAACAAGAAGAAAGAAACUGAUGGAAAAGAGCAAGAACAUGAUGCAAGGAAGCAGAGCAGAACAGUCAAGGAGAAGGAUAUAAAGAAAUCUGCUCCGAAGGAAACUCUUCAUAAAAGUGGGCACAAAGAGAGCCAGAAAGAAUUGCAGAACGAUCCUAAGGAGCCUGUUAAUGCAGAGGAAGUUGCGACUUCACCAGUGCAGAGACAGCAAACUAGUGUGAAUGAUGGAGUUAUGUACUGCAUUGUAUGCAAGAAAGAAGCUCGGCCAACUAGCAUCUAUUGCAGUGACUCAUGCAUCUUGAAACAUGCUCAGGAGUCACUCAGCCUAAUCAACAAAGAAAAGCACGUAGCAGUUGGAACACAGGCCACUGCUGCACAAAUGGCCCAUAAUCAAACCCAGGUGUCAGCACCUCGUGGACAGAAUGAACAGCAAUUGCAGCAACACUUAGGAAUGGUGCCUGGGACUGGAUCUUCAAGUGCAGCAGCACAGCUUCCAAGGGCCAGACCUGAUGCUAGAGUCAUUGUAUUUGAAAGAAAAACAGGAAGGCUUUUGGCAGGUCCAAAUGCUCCUACAGCAGGGAACUUGAAGACCUGGUUAAAGGAUAAUCCAACCUUUGAAGUUGUUCGCCCAGGAGUUAUGCCAACAACCAAGUUUUACAAUCAGAAAACAGUUGGGCAACUAAAGCAGGUUCAGAAUACCAAAUCACUUCUUACACAGUCAAAGGUUGUUACAGCUCAACCCAAAUCUAUUGCCUUCCAGCCUAAACCUGUAGCAGGUGCAGUCGUAACAACAAAAUCCCAGUUAGUUUCUCCAGUAGGUCGAGUCCACAAACCAGUGACAUCAACACCUUCUGUACCUAUUGCUCGAGAGGUGUCUACAAAAAAUGUUGCAAAAGUUGGUCAGGGAGUUAAAUCUCCAACUGGAACUUCGAAGGCAAUAAAUAAAUCUGCAGGAACUGUCACACCUGUAGCACAGGGAGGAAAACCACUACAGGUCCCCGCAGUUUCCAAAGUUCCAGCUACUUCUACAGUUAAAGAAAAUACAGUGACCAAAAGUCAGCCACCUGUAGUAACAAAAAAAAUUGAAGUGAAACGUACUUCAUCAACAUCACCAAUAGAAGUUCCAAAAAAAGAAGAGGAAAAACCUCCAGGACCAGAACCAAUUAGAAUCAAUGUCCGUAAAACACUACAGGAACUCCUUCAAAGUCGAAUACAAGAGUGCACAGAUCUUAUUGUGGCAGAAGAGGAUGUUCAGAAAAUAGCACUAAAUGUUGAGGAAGAAAUGCACACAUACUUCCGAGACACAGGUAUCAAGUACAAAUCUAAAUAUAGGAGCCUCGUUUUUAAUAUUAAAGAUCCUAAGAACCUGACACUUUUUCGCAAGAUUGUUGAUAAAUCAGUGACACCUUUUCAGUUGGUACGACUAUCUCCUGAAGAAUUGGCAUCGCAGGAGUUAGCACAGUGGCGUGAAAGGGAGGCAAAGCAUCAGUUAGAGAUGAUUAAAAAGAAUGAACUAGAUUUGAUGGCUCUUUCAAAGACAUAUGUGAUGAAGACACACAAGGGUGAACAGGUGAUUGAAACAGACGAGAGCAUGAAGAUGGAUGUUCCAGAGUUAGUAGAUCCAUCUGCAGUGCCAGAUCUGGUUUCUGCAUUGAACAAUUCUGUAUCUUCAACGGUGGAAGAUACCUCAUUAGAAGAAAACACAGAAAAGAUGAAAGAUAAAGGAAGAGAAGGCAAGGAUAAGGAGAAAAGAAAAGAUAAAAGUCGAAGUUCGAGAGAUCGGGAAAGGUCAAGAAGAGAUGACAAGAAGAGAGGUAGUCGUGAUAGAGAACAUUCUAAAGAUAAAGAUGGAAGCAGGCAUGAAAGUCAUCGAGACAACAGCCGAAGUGAACGAGAUGGAAGAAGGAGUGGAGAACGAAAGUCUAGUAGCAAGAGUAAGCAUCAUCACCAUCACCAUGGUUCUUCUGAACGAGACAGGGACAGGAAUAGGAAGGAGCGACGGGAUGAUGAAUUGAAAAAAGAUGAAGUGCAAAUUAAAAAGGAAGAUUUGAAGAAGAGUAUCAAAGAAGAAAGCAAGGUUAUGGUUGACAACAGAAUUGAUGAAGAAGAUACAAAGAAUGAGGUAAAGACAGAAAAUGAGAGCCAGACAAAGUUAGAAUCUCUGACUGAAGUUAAAGUAGAAGAAGACAGUGAUUUGUCUGACAGAGAACCAAGUUCCACUGUGACAAUCAAGACACCAGACAUCAAUAAUAUUGAUGAUAGUUCAACUUUGGGGACUCUAGAUACUGAUAAGAGUUCAGGGGCUUCUGCAUCAGUAUGGAAGGGAUUUGUCAACAUGCCAGAUGUAGCAAAGUUCUUUACCACAGUUCAAGUGGUAUCUGGAGAUUCCCAGAACCUUUGCAAGGACCUUCCUGAUACAGUGGACAUAGUUGGCAGGAUCGUACCUGAAACAGUUUGGGACUAUAUCUCAAAAAUGAAGAAGUCUGGAACCAAAGAAAUAUUGGUAAUACGUUUGACGGCAGCAAAUGAUGAAGAGAAGAUACCGUACAUCACACUUUAUACAUAUCUUAAUACCAGAAAUCGCUUGGGAGUUGUUGGAAAUGUUUCAAAGAUGAUCAAAGAUUUCUAUAUUAUGCCUCUUGCAAGUCACAAUCCAGUACCACAAGUCUUAUUACCAUUAGAUGGACCUGGUUUUGAAGAUUACAGACCACAUUUAUUACUUGGAAUACUAGUUAGAGCUCGACGAAAGAGGCUUGCCCCAGAACUCACUUAUGUAGCCAAAGUACCCAAACGCCCUCCACCCCUCCCUUCUGUGUUAGAGACUACAGAAAGAAGCUACACACCCCCACUUCCAGGUUCAGGGGAUGAUAUUGGCAGUCUGACACCACCACAUCCACCACCUAAAUUGGUCACCUCUGAGGGAUUCACACCACCACAUUCGCCGAAACAUACAUCAUUUGGUGCAAAGAAGUUCUGCUCUAAUACAGAUCCGAGAUUAAUGCGUAAACCAAACCAAGACAUUGGGCAUGAUGGAAACGUUUCAGAGAAGCAAACUGAAGAAUUGGUUCCUAGUGUCACUGUUCCUCCAGCUACAUCAAAAUUCACUCUGAGUUCAAUGGAUGGUGAUGAGGAUGAUGAUGCACCAUAUAGCCCUGGUGGUGGAGUGGAUGAAGAUACUGGAGAAUCUGGUGAGGAUAAUUUGCUUGCUACACCAAAGAAUCCUUCUGAACUUCAGAGGAAGAUGGAGGAACUCAAUCGAAAAAUUGAAGAGCAGAAGCAGCAGAUUCAGAGUAUAAGCAGCGCGAUUGUGGGAACUGAGUCUGCUGGUGCAUCUACAGUUGGAGUGACUGGAGUAGAACCAUUGCAGGUGCGUAGUGUAAUGCAGAGCUACAUGAUCGAACCUGGAGAUGAGGCAUGUGACCCUGCGCCUGCUGCUGUUAGUAACGCUGAAGAUGAAAAUGAAGCUUAUAGCCCAUCUCGGUCAUUUACCCCUCCCCCAUCAGACUCAAUUCCAUUUAUUGGAGCGCCAAGUGAUUCUACUGCUUCUGUACUUUCUGCUAUACCAUCAAACAUAUCUUUGCCAUCAAACCUUAGUGAAAUUCUUGCCAGUAUAAAGAAACGUGAAUCAGACAAUUCUUCAUUGACAACAGGGAUUGGUAAAGGAAUCAAUCUUAAGGAAGAUCCUAUUGUUCAGAAUUAUACCAGUGGAAGGUCAUCAAAUGUUUUGGAAGCAACUAAGGCAGAAAUUGAUGACCUAAAUUAUGUACCUCAAGAACACGAAAUAUCUCCACCAACUCAAGAAUCAUACAGUCCAAGUUCAGUUUCUGCUGUAACUCAGUUCACGUCCAGUACCACAGCUACAACAGCAAGCCUUCUCAGUCCAGCUUCAUCAGCAGUUCCAGCUCUGUUAUCACUUUCAAUGCCUGUGGUCCAUCCUCCCUCAACAAAGACAGAAGUAAACCUGGCUAGGGACCCACGUCAAAAACAGACAGAUCUGACAAAAGCGGCAACCACUUUAAGCUCCUUGUCAGAUGACGAUUUGAUUAAGAAAGCCAUGGAGAUGGAAUUAGCAACAGCUGCAGCAGAGAAACAAAGUACAGUGACAAAUCCUACACUCCAACAGCCACUUCCUCCAGGAGUAGACAGUUUCCCUGUGCCCCCUUCAUCAGCAGCACUACCACCAUUGCCAGCUGCCAUGAAACCCUCUCCAACUCCUGUGAAGUCUCUUCCCUCUGGUCAGCCAUUACCUCCAGGGCUUGAAGAUGAAGAGUAUCCAAGUUACUCAUCAUCUUAUGCACCAGCUCCUCCUCCCUCUCAGACUGUUGCACCACCUCAUGCAAUACAGUCACUUGUACCACACCAGAUACCCCCUCCACCCAUCAACUAUUCUGUCAGACAUCCUAGUCCAGGACCAUACCACAUGCCACCCCAUCACUAUAAUGCCCCACCACCUUCAGCAUACAACUUGGGGCCACCUCAUGUUGCAGCCCCUCAAGGAGGCAGUUUCAGUUCUUCCUAUGUGUCUGCACCCCAAGUUCUUUAUGGUGGAGGAACUACGACAAAAGCCUCAUCAAAAACCAUUGAAGACACUGGAUCCAUGUUGAGAAACAAGCGCAAAUUUCAGGAUGUUGAAGAUGACAUCCCUGAUUCUGAGAAACGAGAAUCUUCCAGCAGUGGGCAUGGGAGAGAAUCCUGGGAUAAGAAGGUUCCAAUUCCAAUGCGAGGGCGAUUUAAUCCACGUGGUGGCAUAAGGAGUGGAGGAGGUAGAUUUGGUAGUCGAGGUGGAGGUCAUCAUUUACCAAGAGGCUACUUAAGGCCACGUGGUGGAAGAAAUGGGCCCUCACAUAGGACAAGAUGGGGUCCUCUAACAUCAGAUGAUAUGAAAUUAGCUCGUUAUGAUGUUAAUAUUCAUUCUGAGUGGGACUCGCACAUUAAAGAGUUUGAGGAAAAGCAACGGGAACGAACGCGAGAACUGAAACAGAGGGAAAGAGAACGGAACAGGGACAGAUCUGCUAGUAGCAGUAGUAGGUCAUAUAGUUGUGGUUCCAGAAGUGGUAAGAAUAGAAACAGUGAUAAGGGUGGUGAUGAUUCAUCAUAGAUAGCCAUGAAUGUUUUAAGUAAUAAAAUGUAGUGCAAAUAUGCGAGCCCACUGUGUUGACUAGUAUCACUUGAUGAUCAUGCCAUGAAUUUUGUGCAGAAAAUGAGGUCUGGCGUGGGCUCUGGUCUUGGAUUUACUUGUUUAACAAGUGUUAGUACUUGGCUGUAAAUAUUAAGGAUGGGAAGCAAUUUUGAACAGUGCUAUUAUAAACUGUGCUUGCGUAUAUAUCACUAUUUAUUUCUAUGAAUUAUGCAGUGUUCAACAUACUUGUUGUGCCAUGAGAUUGCAUAUUAUAGUGAUAUAAACAUUGGUUUUCCCACCCUUAACAUUAGUGAAAAUGAAUAAUUUUCAAUGUUUUGCAGACUGUAAAAGAAUCAUAUGAAAGAAUCUUGUAUAAAAACGGUUUUCAGAGUUUACAUUUCACUGUUGAAGGUGAGAAAGCAGAGAGUGAACCAGAGCUUGGACUCGAUUCAUUUGCUAGUUUUACUUGUUGUGUUGUAAAUUACAUUUACAAUGAUAAACAUCAUGUAAUUUUUUCUUAUCUUA